CAUCUCCCUCCCGACAAAAUCACCACGGAAACCUCAGCGACGCAGGAGAGUGCUACUGAAGCUCCGAAGGAAUCCGAUCUUCGCCUUUAGCUCCCCCCCUCCGUUCGCCGAAAGCACAGAAAAUGUCGCCGGCACCAAUCGUCGAGCCCGCCGAUGUCGAGAUAGAGAAGCUCUCCGCCGAAGAGGAGCUUCAGAAGACGCUGCAGGGGGAUGAACCAAUCGUUGAGGACGUGAAGGACGACGACAAGGACGAGGACGAGGACGACGAUGAAGACGACGAUGACGACGACAAGGAGGACGAUGGAACUCCAGGCGCUAAUGGGAGUUCCAAGCAAAGCAGGAGCGAGAAGAAGAGCCGAAAAGCAAUGCUGAAGCUGGGAAUGAAACCCAUCCCAGGUGUCACCAGGGUGACCAUCAAGAGGACCAAGAAUAUACUGUUCUUCAUCUCGAAGCCCGACGUCUUCAAGAGCCCGCACUCGGAGACUUACAUCAUAUUCGGUGAGGCCAAGAUUGAGGACCUAAGCACCCAACUCCAGGCCCAAGCUGCCCAGCAGUUCAGGGUCCCUGACAUGGGCUCAGUGGUCUCGAAGCCUGAAGAUGCUGCUGCAGCUGCUGCAGCCCCAGCAGAGGAGGAAGAGGAAGAGAUUGACGAGACUGGAGUCGAGCCUCAUGAUGUCGAAUUGGUGAUGACCCAGGCGACUGUAUCGCGGAGCAAGGCUGUCAAAGCCCUCAAGUCCAACAAUGGAGAUAUUGUCAGUGCCAUUAUGGAACUCACCAAUUAGGUUUUGUGCUUAUUUGCUCGAUUUUGGAUUAUCACUCAUUGGUGGUCUCAAUCUCUCGAUUUUUGAAGAACUGUUCAUUUGUUAGCAGAAGCUUCGUUCAGUGCAUGAAGUUGCUUUACCUUAUUUACAAUUUUUGAGCUAUCUUGGUAUUACUGUAGUGCUUCUGAAUACAUUAUUGGCAUCUUCAGCCGUCUCUGGUUGCCACUCUUGGUAGUUUUUAUAGCUGAUUAGCUUAAUGGAUCUGAUAUUGGUACUUA